GUGUGAUGGUUUGAAUGCGUAUUUGCGGUACGUAAACAUUUCAAGAAGUGGACAGUAAAUUUUGAACAGCAUGUCCCAUUAGUCCUUUCUUCACUUGGAGUGUAUUGCAUGCCCAUGCCAGCUGCACUGUGGAACACACGCCUGUGUGUGUGUUUUGCACCCUGCUCGCGCUCUCCACAUUCCUGCACCUUUCUGCGCGCGUCCUGUGGGACAACCUAUUGUGAUAAUCACACUCCAGUUAAACAAGCAGCGGUACUAUAAAAAAAAAGUUUGGACAUAAUAACGAGUCUCGGGUUCUCUGCGGCUUUCUCAUUGGUCGGGCACACGCGCCUGCCCCGAGUGCUCUUAUUGGUCAAAGCGCCACGCGACCUGCUUGAGAAGGGGGGCUUCCAGGCGCGUGCCGCUUUUAAAACCGGCGCGUCGCAUAGAGACCCAUAGUAAAGAAAUCCUCCUGUGGACGGAGUACGUGUAACAGGUGCAGGAAGGAGACCAGAGACCCCCACCCCCCGUCACCUCACACGCACUCACCGUUUCUUCGUACCUUUUUUUAAACUUCGUUACCGACGUGACGUGCAAACCACAAGCAAAUGGACGUCAUGGGCAGCUCGUGCGAAGACGCGCGGACGGCGGUGGAAUCGGACGCGGGGCGAGGGGAGCACUUUCCGCUCGCUUUGGCGCUGAUAGACGGCGGGGACGCACGCGCUUGGCUCGCUCCCGCGCACGCGGAAUACCCGGCGCACAGCUCGGGCUCCUCGAGCGCGGAGGGCGUGUCCGGUUCGCACUUAAGCAGCAAGGGCGCAAGGGUGGGGGGCGCCGUUCGUGUGCGCGAGCUGUGCCGCCUCAAGGGAGCGGCGCGGCCGGAUGAGGGCAGACAGCGCGCCCCGACCAGCAAGACCGCCAACGUGGUGCAGAAGCAGAGACGCAUGGCGGCGAACGCGCGCGAGCGCCGGCGCAUGCACGGCCUGAACCACGCCUUCGACGAGCUGCGCAGCGUCAUCCCCUCCUUCGACAACGAGAAGAAGCUGUCCAAGUACGAGACGCUCCAGAUGGCACAGAUCUACAUCAACGCGCUGAACGACUUGCUGCGUGCUCCCGGCGCAGACGAUGACGCGCGUAAUGGUGACGUAUUGCCGCCCGUCUACGGAGGAGAGAGAUCACCAAACUCGUUUUCCGUGCAGCUCGCCGGGGUUUCGUUCCAGUACGAGGAAGACGCGUUUGUGUCGCUCGGAACGGACAAGUCCGCCUCUGAGUGCAGCAAAGACUCCCCGCGGUCGAGUCGGAGCGAUGGGGAGUUCUCACCACACUCGCACUUCAGCGACUCGGAUGAGACACACGCGGAGCUGCACAGCGAAGACGAGCUGUGUGAACUAAAGCUGAGCCGCCAACGCGCCUUUGAGAGACGCUGAAAGGAGACCGAUAGUGAACUUUCGUGUCAAUUGUAUUCGCCCUAUACUUUUGCGAUAGGUCACCGUUCUAAUUGGUUGGCUUGAUUUCGAUUUCAUGACCAUUAUAAUGUACGCUGUUGUUGUUGAUGUUUUUCAGUAACGUUUACGCCAAUAUAAUAUAUUUGCCUUGUCGUGACAUUGGCGAUAUUCCCCACGCCACAUCAGCUGCCGCGCGCAGCAGUGCCAUGGGCCCGAAUGUCAUGCAAAAUAUGUCUUCCGAAAAUAAAUAUGACCCAGUUUAUCCAUAUGCGAUAAUUUUAUAGAAUACGAUUGAAGGGGUUUUAUUUGUUGUUUUUUUUAACUCGAUGAAUUUGAAACUUCUAAACUUCACUUGCACUUUAAAUAAGGGCCAUAGGCUUGAGAAACACGCUUUGUAAUAGGACGAUAUUUUUCCUGCUGUUUUCAUCUAGCCUAGUAAUGCCAAUUUGUCAAUAAUAUUUAAUAUAGCCAUUAGAUGUUUUGUACAUUUCCUAAGUUUGAAUAUUUGAUUUGGACGCGAGGUUAUUAUUUGUAUUCAACAUCUGAUUGAAGACGGUGUCUAUCAAAGUGUCUUUUAUUAAUUUAUUUCCGUUUGCCUUAUCUUUUUAUGUUUUAUUUUAUGAAAAUUAGAUUUUGCCACAUGCUUUAUGACUUAUUUGAAUUUUUUGGA